UACAAAUAAACAUUUCUGUCAUCUGUUAUCUCAGCUGAAACAGAAGCUGCAUGUGAGCCAGCAGAGGGCGACACUGUGCUCCAGGGCCGCUGAAGAUGCGGAUCGGGCUCGAGCAGAGGCGGAAAAAAGCAGAGCGCUGGCUGAGAGCCGAGCGCUGGACAACCGGCAGCAGAAAGAGCUCGCAGUGGCUGAUAAAACACAGCUCGGAGAGGAGCUGCAACUGCUCAGGACUGAGCACAAUGAUGUCCAGCUACUUCUAGCACAAGCUGAAAAGAACUACUUCGAGACCAAGCUGAAACUAGACAGGGUUUCCGGAGAAAAGCAGGCUGUCCUGGAGGAAAACAGAAUACUGGAAGAUGACAGAAACACCUUACGACACAAACUCAAGGAGCUGACGGAGGAAAAUGUGAAGAUAAUGGAAAAGGAAGUGAACUCCAGGCGCAGAGCUCUAGUUGCUGAAGAGCAGAGAGAGAGGGCCAAUAAAGCCCAGCAGGAGGCUGAGCAGGAAAGGCAUUUAUCUGAGCGGGAGAGACAGGAGCGAACCAGAGAGUGUUUGAGCUGGAGAGAGAAACAUCACACUCUGGCUGAAGUCAUCAGAGCCCAGGAGGAGCUCAAGUCUCUGAGACAGAACAAAGCAUGUCAAGCUAACAUAAAGAACUACUUCCUGUGUGUGACUGAAAGUGACCAGAGGGUUAAGAUCCUAAAAAAUCAAGACGGCUCACCAAGGAACUUCACGGAAGGAGAGCCAGUGUACAUCUCCACACCUGACCUCAGUAGUGAUGAUUCAGAGAGGAGUUCAGGGAGCAGGGCGAUGUUUAGGGUAGCAGCACCACGAGCUCGACAGGACACCAGUCCAGCCCAGUUCAGAGAGCUCUCACCACUGGCAGAUUCCCACGAGUCUGGAUUUUCAAGAAGAAACAGGAAAGUGGAAUAUUUCUGGAUCCCCACAGAUGAGGAAUAGUUGUGAAAGCCUAGUGUACAUAAAAAAAAAGAUUUAGGAUGCGUUCAUAUUUGUCUGGCAUGGCUUGAUUAAAAAUGCUUUGGUAAACUACAUAUUUGAAAUGUGAACACAACAUAGACUGAAGACAUGUAUACAAAUCAAAAACAGGACAUGUCAGAACGCGAAUAUAAAAUGAACAGAGUGCUCAAGCACCCCCAUUUUUGUUGUCAUAAUUAUAGCGUUGCCCAAUAUUGGUCUUGCAAAA